CCCCCCACCCUCCCCAAAAUAAUGGCCACGGAUCGAUCGGACCAUGUCGAUCGACUCGUCAAUUCAUGUCACCACCUCUGACUUCGGUCUAUCUACGGCUUCCUAACUAUAAACACAGUCUCCAUAUCAAAGAGAUAACGCGACUUGUGUGGUUACUAGUUAUUAGUUAAUCAUCCUCCACGCCGGGAAAAGCAGGGGAGCUAGCUAGCUAGCAGCUUCAAAGAGAUGGACCAACCUGCGCAGAUCCAACUUCAAGUCCUCGGGGAUCAACAUCAUAAUGAAGCCAAUAAAGAAGAGACGAUGAAACAGAGCAGCAAAACAGGGCACUGGUGGUGGUGGGUCAAAGUCUCACUCUACACUAUGAGUGUGCUACUGGGACAAUCCGUCGCCGUUCUACUGGGAAGGCUCUAUUUUCUGAAAGGAGGGAGCAGCAACUGGCUCUCCUCCGUCGUCCAAGUCGGCGGCUUCCCCAUCCUCAUCCCCUUCUACCUCCUCACCACAACAACAACAACAACAGCCGCCGCCGGUGGUGUGGAUCACGAUCACGACGACCACGGCGCAAAACCACCUCUUCCGUCUCCCCACACUCUGACCGCGAUCUACGCGCUCCUCGGCCUGGUCGUAGGAUUCGCCUGCUGGCUCUACUCCGUGGGGCUGCAAAACCUUCCGGUCUCAACUUACACGCUCCUCUCUGCUUCCCAGCUAGCCUUCAACUCGUUCUUCUCCUACUUCAUCAACGGCCAGAAAUUCACCCCUUUCGUCGUCAAUUCGCUAGUUCUCCUCACUGUUUCCUCCGUCUUGCUCGUAUUCAACGACGACGAUUCGUCCGCGGCGGGGCCCACCUCGAGAGUCAAGUACGUCACCGGGUUCCUCUGUACCUUGGCAGCAUCGGCUCUGUUCGGCUUGCUGAUGUCUGCCACGCAGUACGUGUUCACUAGUGUGAUCAAGCGGCGGACUUUUAAGUAUGUGAUGGACAUGAUCAUCUACCAGAACCUUUUUGCGAGCUUGGUCACUGUUGUGGGACUUUUCGCUAGCGGGGAGUGGAAGGGCAUAGGAAGGGAGAUGGAGGGCUAUGGGUUGGGGACGACGUCGUAUUUGAUGACCUUGAUUUGGAUCGCCGUGUUCUGGCAGUUGUUUUCAAUUGGAGCGGUGGGCUUGAUCUUCGAGGUGUCUUCACUGUUCUCUAAUUCCAUAAGCGUCGUGGGACUGCCGAUUGUUCCCAUUGCGGCGAUCUUCUUUUUCCAUGAUAAGAUGAGCGGAGUCAAAGGGAUUUCCAUGGUUUUGGCGAUCUGGGGAUUUGUUUCGUAUGUGUAUCAGUUCUAUGUGGAUGAUAAGAACUCUAGAGUUGUUAAGAAGGCAGUUGACGAGACCUCUCGUUGAAGUUCCUGAUGGAAGAUAUCCAACGACAGUCUUGCACCCAUCACUGGCUAGUUAAUCCGCUUAUUUGUAGUUUGGCAACCAUGCAAUGUAGAAUUCAUAUAUUUUAUAGGUGAAGGACUGAGAAGUGAGAACUCAUGUGUAAUAUUAAAACAUACUAGGAAGGAAAAGCCCGCGCUACGCGGCGGGCAAAACAUAUUGUGGAGAUAUUAGUUUGCUUCAAAAGACAGACAAAAUGAACAUUUUGAUCGCUACCCAAGUGAACCAUAUGUACCUCGCGUCAGGAGGCUUGUAACAUAACGUUUAAUUGGUAUCCAUUUCCAAGUUGAACACAUAUUAUACAAUUUACAAAUAUCA